AGCUGCUGUAUAACCCAAAUUAUCAAUCUCAUUCCGAACCACAUAUAGAGCCAAGUCUCUCUCAUACUUCUUCUCAUACUCAGUUAUCCCGUAUCGUUUCUACUGAAUCUAAACCUACCUUACCUCUUCACAAUGGUCCAACCCCGUCGCAAAGGCGCUGCCCCUAACAAAGGCAUCCACCCCCCAGCGCCCGCCCAUAUUCGCUCCAACCAACCUCGCCCCGGUCCCCAGAUGCAAUACCAACCUCAACACCGCAGCACCCACAGCGGAUCCUCCCCUCAAAUCAACCAGAUCCGAAACCAGCAGAAUGUGCAAGGCCGUCAGAUCGCUCACCACGGUGCGCAGCUGAGCCAACACACCGCCGCGAUCCAGCACCAGAAUGCCGCACAGCAGCGCCAGAACGCGGCGCUGCGACAGCAAAACGCAGCGCAGCAGAGACAAUUCGCCCAGCAGAACGCGCAGAUGCAGAGACAGAUGGCUCAGCAGAAUGCCGCCAUGCAUCAGCAGCAAAGACAAAUGGGACAUGAGCUACAGAACAUGCGAAACCAGCAGCAGCAUUAUCAACAGCAGCAGAAGAAGCAGAAGGGGAACGGCAAGAAGGUUGCAGCUGGUGCCGCGGCGGGUGCAGCGGCUGGCGUGGGAGGAUACAUGCUAUACGAGCAUUUGUCGGAGACGAAUAAUACCCAUGAGCACAUCAUCUAUGAUCCCAGGCCGGAGAACAGCGAUGAUGAGAAUGAUCAGAAUCAGGGUAAUUCCUCGUCGGAUGAUGAUGACAAUGGAUAUGACGGUCCGUACGAGGAGCCUGGCUACAACAAUGGGGGUUACGACAACGGGGGCUAUGACAAUGGCUACAAUGGAAUGGGGUCGCAGGAGAAGAACGACGGCAAUGAAUCCGACUGUUGUGGCUGUGGGAGUUGCUUCUGCUGUUGCUCGGAUAACGACAACGACAAUAACAGCGACUGCUGUUCUUGUUGCUGAGGCGUUGAGUGUUAUUGGAUUACUUCCUGUGGCACAUCUUUCAUUUCUUUUGUUUAGUGUUGCUUAUAUGUUUGGCUUACGAUAUUAUGGCAUUAUAUCAUUCUUAUCAAUCCGUUCUGUCUGCAUUUGUUUACCUGACGAAUACCUAAUUUGCAGAAUGUUUGAU